AUGUUGGCAUCACGGGCAUUGCUGGCAAAACAGGUGGCAGCUGUUCUUACAAGACAACCUGUCUGCCUCGUCCACCAGUCAGGAGACUGGGGAAACUGGGGGAACACCAAUGUUGCUCUGGUGUUUUCUGGAUGUGGAUGGUGGGACGGGACUGAUGUUCAUGAAGCAGCAUAUACCAUGUACCAUCUGAGCCGCAAUGGAGCCAAGUUCCAAAUGUUCGCACCAAACCAACAGCAGAUGCAUGUUGUUGAUCACAUGAAGAGUCAGCCUGUGUCUGGAGAACAAAGGAAUGUCAUGAUAGAAUCUGCCCGUCUGGCCCGUGGAAAAAUGCAAGAUCUUUCUCGUCUGGAUGUCAACAGCUUUGAUGCUGUCAUUUUCCCUGGAGGCUAUGGCAUCACCAAAAACCUGUCAACAUUCAACAAUGAUGGAAAGGACUGCAAGAUCAACAAUGAUGUGGAGCGAAUCAUGAAGGAAUUCCACCGUUCCCGCAAGCCUAUUGGAAUGUCAUCCAUGUCCCCAGUCUUGGCAUGUAGAGUUCUACCAAACCUGGAGAUUACCAUGGGUCAUGAGCGUGAUGAGAGCAGCCGCUGGGGUCGUUGGCCUUACACCAACAUGGUGCAAGCUGUGAAGAACAUGGGAGCACGCCAUAACAAUCGUGAGCCUUACGAGGUCUAUGUGGAUGAGAAGAAUAAGGUGAUCAGCACCCCAACUUUCAUGUGGGAGACAGACUACCACUACCACUACAUUUUUGAUGGCAUUGGCAACAUGGUCAAGCACGUAAUGCGAAUGUGUGGAAAAUAA